UGUGUUCAUCAACCAAUCAACCCAGUUCUGUACUUAAAAGGAUCCUUUUACUACAUACGGAAGGAAGGUAAACGAAAGCUUUAUUCUUCACAUAACCAUUAGAACCAUACGUCCUACUGACCUUGGCGGCUGAUUUUGUGUGUGCGUUGCAUAACAUGUCUUAUGAUAUCGAUGACUCUUUAUACAGCCGUCAAAGAUGUGUUCUGGGGGAAAACGCAAUGAAAAGAAUGUGUAAAUCUAAAGUAUUUUUACAUGGCUUGGGAGGUGUUGGAAUAGAAAUAGCGAAAAAUUUAGUUCUGGCUGGAGUUGGCGAACUCAUAAUUCAGGACCGAUCUUUAUGUUCCAAACAGGAUUUAGGGACUCAAUUUUACGUGGAUGAAUAUAGUGUUAAAGGUUCGAAAACUAGAGCCGAAGCAAGUCUUGAUCGUCUAACGGCUUUAAAUCCCUAUGUUCGUAUUACUUUAGAAACGGGAGCUGUCACGGAUAUUCGUUGCCCUCUUUCUGAACCUGCUAAUAAGAAUAUCCUAAAGCCAUUAGUCGACGAAGGAUCGUCUACGAAAGUCGAUUGUUUGAUACUCACGCAAUGUUCACUUCAAAAAGCUACAUUGUUGGAUCUGUUCUGUAGAGCAUAUGAUAUUAAAUUUAUCUAUACAGAUAUAUAUGGUACAUUUGGAAAUUUAUUUUGUGAUUUUGGCUCUGAUUUUACUGUUUUAACACAAGAUGACGAACCAUGUAGAGAAUUUUUUAUUGGAAAAAUUGAAAAGAUAAACGAUGAGGAAUUAUUGAUCACAGUUCUUGGUGAUCGUCGUCAUCAUUUAGAAAAUAAUGAUGUAAUUCGAUUCACUGAACUUAACAAUUUACCAGUGCUCAAUGAAAGAGAAUUUCCUAUCCGAGUAAAGUCGCCUUCAGAGUUGAUUAUCAAAACGUCUAUAAAAGACAUCCAGUUUCCUUAUUCAGAUGGUGGUAUUGUGCUUCAAGUUAAAAAGCCACAAGUAUACACUUUUGAAACUAUGCUCGAACAACUUAAAUCUCCUAAAUUAAUGUGUGUGGAUUUCAGUGAACCUGAGGAAGGUAACUUGUUACAUUUAACAUACCUAACAUUAAUGAGGUUCAAUGUAGAAACUGGCCGUUAUCCCAAACCAUGGGAUGAAAAUGAUUGGAAUUUAUUUCGUGAUCAAUUGUUCACAUUACAUAAGCUACAAAUGGGAAAUCCAAUUAAAAUUAAUGAAUCGUUGGUAAAACGUUUAACCUUUGCUAGUCAAGGACAAUUAGCACCAUUAAGUGCUGUUUUUGGUGGAAUAGCUGCACAAGAAGCUAUGAAAGCGAUUACAUUUACAUUUACACCAAUUAAUCAAUGGCUGUACAUCCAUUGUGCAUCGAUUGUACCACUUGAAGUCAAUACGCAAUCAAAUGAAUUUCCCAAUUAUUUGUCAACUCGUUAUGCCGCUUUAAUUCAAUGUAUCGGUGUGUCAAAUCUUCAAAAAAUUCAUAAUUUAAGUGUUUUUAUGGUUGGUUGUGGUGCGAUUGGUUGUGAAUUAUUAAAGAAUUUAGCAUUAUUAGGUGUAGCCACUGCUGGAUCUAAUGAUGAUGAUUUACAUUCAGCGAACAACGUGACUGAUUCUAAUCAACAUCAAUAUUGUUAUCGUCGUCAUCAAUAUGAACAACAAGAAAACAACAAUCAAUUUACAUAUAAUACAACACUCGAUACUUCAUUGAUGUCUCAUGCGAAUGUUGAUGAUAGGGAUUAUCAUCAAACGUUGUCACAUUCAGCGGUAGACAGUCAACAAGAACACGGCAAUUCACCUUAUCCUAAUGAUCAACUCACUAAUAAUUCUGAAACAAUUGUCAAGUCAAUUAUAUCACAUCAAGUUUCUACAUCUCAAAGACAAUCAAUAAAAUCUGUAUUAAGUGAAUCAAUCAUUAAUAAUAGGUGCCCAAAUAUUAUUGUCACUGAUCCUGAUCAUAUUGAGAAGUCAAAUUUAAAUCGACAAUUUCUUUUUCAAUCAUGUCAUAUUGGUUUGUCAAAAAGUCAAAUUGCAUGUGAUACUGCUAAAAGAAUUAAUCCAAAUAUAUCAGUGAGAGCGAUGUGUGAUAAAUUUUGGCCAAAUACUGAAAAGACUAUUUUCACUGAUGAAUUUUUAUUACAAGCAACAAAGUGCAGUAAUUACAAACAAGCGAUAACAUCUCCUUCAAUACUCAAUACUUCUUCAUAUAAACAUGGUAUUGUACUAGCUGCUUUAGAUUGUGUACCAACACGUCGUUAUUUAGAUUCACGUUGUGUAACACUACAUUUACCAUUGAUUGAAUCUGGUACUUUAGGCACUAAAGGUCAUGUUCAAGUAAUUUUACCUGAUAUUACUGAAUCAUAUAAUAGUCAAAUGGAUGAUGAUGUUCAUAAUAACAAUGAUGUAGAUGGUAAUGGAAAUAUUGAUAGUCAAGUGAAUACAAUACCAUAUUGUACAUUGAAAUCAUUUCCAACCUUACCAAUUCAUUGUAUUGAAUGGGCACGUGAAAAAUUUGCUAGUCAAUUCACAUUGAAACCCAUGAAAUUACAAACAUUUCUACAAGCUUGGAAUUUAGAACAAUGUGAAUAUGUGGACAGUUACCAUGGUGAACAAACAUCGAAACAACAAACGCAUCAAUUAAUAUCAGAUUUAACAUUUUUAAUGCAUCUAUGCAAUGAUAUUGCUACCAAUUGUACUACCACUACUACUACUACUGAUAAUGAUAAUAGUAGUAAUAAUAAUAGUAAUGUAAUUGUUACAUCAAAGAUGUAUUCUAAUGAUAAAAUUUUAAUGAAAAACUGGAUUGAAAGGAUAAAUUUAUUACAAGAUCAAUUAAAUCCCAAUAUUGGACGAUUUUUAUGCUCACGUCCAUCUACAUGGAAUCAAUGUUUAUAUUUAGCCCGUGAUAAAUUUCAACAUUACUUUAAUCAUAAAGCUCGUCAAUUGUUACACUCUUUCCCCAUCGAUACAAAAUUAUCAAAUGGAGCACCAUUUUGGCAAUUUCCUAAACGUCCACCUAAAUCGAUUGAAUUUUCCAUAACAGAUCCAUUACAUCAAAUAUUCGUCAUCAGUUAUGCACGUCUUUUAGCUGCUCAAUUGUCGAUCCAAGUACCACAAUCCUGUUUCUCCUCUUCAACUUCUUCAUCGGAUUCCUUCACUCGCUUAAAUUAUGGAUCGACUGAACUAGUUAAUUAUCUUCAUGAAGUAUUUAUAAACUAUAUUCCACCAAUGUUUACUCCGUCUAAUAAACACAUUGUAAUUGAUGAGAAUGAAAUGAAGCCUCAGCAAACGACCACAUCUACUUCACCAUCAAAAUUGUCAUUGCCUAAAGAUAAUGAUCCUACUAUUACAUCAAUGAAAAAAUUAUUUUCAAUAAUCCUUCUCUCAAUAAUGAUGAUAAGGAUUUGCCAAUAAAAGAAAUUUGUCUAAAUGAAUCAUUUUUAAAAAUGUGUACAAAUAUUUUGGAGAGUUUAAGUAAACCAGAGAAAUUUAAAGUGAUUUCUUCAUGUCAAUCAGUAACGUUUGAGAAAGAUGACGAUAAUUUGGCACAUGUUGAUUUUGUCAUGUCAGCUGCAAAUUUACGUGCUACAAUGUACAGUCUACCGAUUACAGCUCGCCAUGUUGUUAAACGUAUCGCUGGACGAAUAGUACCAGCUAUAGCGACAACAACUGCUACUGUUGCAGGUUUAGUCUGCUUAGAAUUACUUAAAUAUGUAAUUAACAAUAAUCAAUAUGAUGAUGAUCAUGUUGGUUCGUUUACAUCUGAAAAGGAAAUAAAUACAUUGGCGGCGACUACGACAACAAUAAAUAAUUGUGAACAACGUUUAGUUCAAUUAAAAUCUAGAAAUAGUUUUCUUAACUUAGCAUUACCGGUUCUUUUGUUCAGUGAGCCUGGACUGUGUCGACAAACACGUUUACCAAAUGGAAAAUAUUUCAGUCUAUGGGAUCGUUGGACUAUUCGACCAUGUAAACAAGUUGAUAAAUAUCGAUUAACCGAUUUUAUUGAUCAGAUUAAGAAUGAAUGGAAUCUUGUGGUGAGUUUAAUUACUCAAGGCAAUCGAAUGGUGUAUAUGCGUCAUUUUCCAAUGCAUAAAUCACGUUUAAAUGAAAUUUUUAUCAAUCUUUUGCAUUAUUCACCGAUGGAUGGUCAUACUGAUUUGAUGGUCGCUUAUGAAUCUGAUCAUAUCAAGCCUAAUAAUGAUCAUUCUCAUGAUAACAAUGAUGAUGAUGAUGAUGAUGAUGAUUGUAUUCAAGGUCCUACAAUACGUUUUGAAUUCUAAUUCUCAAUGACUUUUUUUUCUCAACCUUAUAAAAUGUUGUAUUAAUUUGACUAUUCUAAUGUAUGUAUAUGUACUACUUAUGUACUACUUAUAUGUUACUAAUUGUAUAGACAGAAUGUAUAACAUUGAAAAUAGUAUGUGUAUAUGUGUGUGUAUUUAAUCUUGAUCUCUACAAUGAACUUCUGUUUGAACAUGUUCAUGUGAUUUGGAUAUAUGUAAUUCUAUUCAAUGAGUAAUAGAGAAGAAUAACUCAUUUUUUUCCCAGUCAAAACCAAUGAAAUAUACGACAAUUCAUGUAAGAUUUAAUAAUUGAAUUCAUAAGUCAAUAGAAACUAGAUCGCUAUGGAAAAUCUGAAAGUAUUGGACAUCCAUUUCGUCUAAGUAUGGGACUCUUCAGAAGUAGUACGCAUCCAAUGCUUCCAAGUUUUCCAUAGGGAUCUAGUUUCAAUGAACUCAUGAAUCCAAUUAUUAAAUUAAUAUCAUAUCCACACACAAAAAAAACUCUUCUUUGAUUAUAAUGUGAUAUUAUUGUCUUUGUCUUUGUGUUAUUUCAUUUCCAAUUGAAUAGUUUCAUUGAAUUUGAUUAUUCUUUGUACCUCUGUCUCUUUGUAUGUAUGUAGAUUUUCAUCAAUUUAAUUACUAUGCAUUAAACUAUCUAAUUCAAUAGAAUCUGUGUGUAUUUGUGUCUUGAUAACCUUUAUAUAAAUAGAAAGAUAAAUAUAACUCAGUAUCGGUUGAUAUAUAUAUAUAUAUAUAUAGACGUAUCUCAGUCUUAGUUUUAAACUGUUUAUACAUUUCAUGCAAUUAUUAGAUAAAUGUGAACGAAUUCAUUUAUAUAUAAUCCAAUUCUACACUGCUCCUCCAUGAAGGCUAAUAGGUGUAAGUAAGAUACUACAUUGUUUAUAAUACCUAAUUAAAUGAUCAAUUAAUCAUGUACAAGGAGGCAUCAAAUAGAUAUGCGCCAAACUUUGUCAUUCGAUUUGUGUGAAGGCUGGGACACUGUCCGGGUGCUCAAACCGAAGCAGGUGGUUUUCUUAGAGGGCCACAUCCAGAGCCUUCGACCUAAAGGUCUGAUUCAUAAGGCAGUGGAGCAAGUCAGGAGACGCAGUCCCAUGGUAGCCGGUGACCAACGAUUGGUUCAUACGCCAUUUGUUCCUUCAGGCUACUGGAGCCCAUGUGUAGGAUUGGUUUGGAGUGAGGAUUUUCCAACUCCUCUAGGUGUACUCCAUGUCCACCAACCUGAUUAAAGCGCCGGACAUUCGGUUUCCGUCCUCUUACUUUCAUAAACAACAGUAAUGGUGCGAGAAGUCAGUCAGUAGGACUUCGCUGACAUGGGCUGUAUGCACGUGGCCGUAUGAGAGCACUUUUAGAGAGAGAGAGAGAUGACUCUUCCCACUCUUGGCCCUACCAGAGCAUUCGGGGGCUGAAUUGCCCACAGCACGUUAUUGACAAGGAUGAUGAUGAUACUUCAAGUUGUUGACAAGCCCGUUCUUAAUAGUUAAUAGUGGAAUUCCUUUUUUGUUUUGUUUGUUUUCAAUAUCUACCAUAUGACUAAAGAAGUUUUCUAUCAUCAAUAAUUAUGAUUGUACACAUGAGAUACAACAUUGUUACAGUGAUCUCCUUACAUAAUAUCAUCCAAUUGUUUUCUGGAUAUGUUUAGUUUUUUUUCCCAUUUCCAAUUUCUAUUCAAUGAUAUUCAACUUAAUGAUUCUAUUAAAACUUUGAUUUGUCAUUUAAACUAUAAUUUAAAUAGUCAAGUGAAACUGAAACAUUUAAACAAUAGUUCAGAUGACUACAGUUUACAUAUUAGCACAAUAAGAUCAAUUUGGUUCUUUUUUUUUCUUCUUGUCGAAUUGUUUCUCUUUCAUAAACUUGUUUACUUGAUCUAUUCAGUUAUUUUGUAAUGUUGUUUCGACUUUUUAAUGAUAAUUAUCAUAUCUUAGUAAAGAUUAGGUUAUGGGUAACUUUUGAGACCUAUUAAUGGACUAAUAUUAGCUAUACAUUCUUAUGGUAUAACUAUUCAGUAAUUAAUUUGUGUAUAUUGAUAUUCCUCUUAUUAUAAGCUUCGUUUUGACCUAUAGACUAUUAUGAUACGAUUUACUGUUCUUAAGUUAUGUUCAGUUUAUUGACUACUGCCUCCCACGUUCACAGCCGCUUUUUGGCUUGAUCUUGUAUAAAUGUUAUUUCCCAUGUUAUGGUACGAUGUGGUCUGUUUGGCUUGUUUAUAAACCAAGUAUGUUUGAAAUAAAUGAUUUGCAUAGUGGAAGCUGUUAUUGGUGUUCUGGACUCAACUGAACGGGUUAGGUGAGUAAAGGACCAAUAAUGACUACCAGGCUGCUUAUACUGGUCGAAUAUCAUUGGUAUAACACAGUACAAGAGUGAAUAAGUGGUAUUUCGAUUGGCGAAUACAUUAUGCGAUAAAUAACACAACAAAUUGGCGACGGGGAUAGGGUUCGAACCCACGCGGGGAAACCCUAAAAGAUUAGCAUCAUUUGUACUUGUUUCCUAAGGAAUAUACAUUUAUGUAUGUAUGAAAUGAUAAUUUAUGUUUUCUGAUUGUAAUUGAAAUCUCUUUUAAAACAGGAAAUUAUUUAAUUCCAAUGGGGAAUAAGUAACAUAUAAGUAUAUCAAAUAUUGUGGUUUGUUUCGUAAAAUUAACUCAUAAAUUGGAUUGAAGUUAACAAUUGUAAAUAGAGUGGAUUCUGAGUCAAUAAACUAAAUGUAAAGCAUUCAUGGCAUGAAAUCUAAGAAGUGAGAGUGCCUUAUUACAAAACAAAACGUUGGAUGCUGGCUCAAUAGUGUAGAGAUUUAAGCAUUCGCGCUCAAAACCCAUAGGUCCUACGUUUGGAUGCCACGAAUAGGAUCGUGAAUGCGCACUGCUGAAGAGUACUAUACUAGAAUGAAAUAACUGUCCAGUGCUUCCACGUUUUUCAUGUUGGUCUA